UUUUGUAAAGACUUUGUACGCUACAGUUGUCAUUGUGGGGCGGUGUACCAGUCGGUAUUUCUAACAUAUUUCGGUUUCGUCUAUAACGUAGAACGGGUGUAAUAGUGAAGACACCUGUGAUAAAUUUAGUUAUUUCUCGUCGGAUUUUGAGUAAGAAGCCAGUAAGAUGGGCAGGAGUACGUGCGGGACAUGUAUGUUAGUGACUGCAACAAUUUUAGGACCGAUUGUAAUGAUCUUAUUAGCAGUAUCGUUCGCGACAGAUCAUUGGUUGGAAUUUGAUGUUGAUAAGAAGGAUUUAUCCCAAGCGGUCUUAGCAGCGAGGAACAGUGACUUUUUACUGGCACGAUACACACAUACACGACACAGGGGGCUGUUUAGAGAGUGUUACCCAGGAAACGAUACUAUAUUUUUAGAGACCAGAAAAUCAACAGAUGAAGAACCAGUUGAUGAUUACUGUUUCUAUGUACGAUAUGAGAUUCCAGAGGAAUCUUCACAAGGGGAUUGGUCCGAUGAUUUUCUUUCAAGAAUACAUUUGAUGAGAUGUUGGUUGGCAUUUUUCAUCGUAGCUCUGGUAAUUUUCCUGGUUGCCUAUAUAUUUGGUCUGGUCUUGUGUUGCUGGAGACAGUCAAAAUGGGCUUACAUUGCCGGUCUGUGCGCUUACGUUGCAGCAUUUUCAACUGCCGCUUCCAUUGCAUUUUUCCACGGUGCUGAAUACCUUGAGAGAAAUAAAAUCUCGCAGGUUGACCCUUACAUGGGCAAGUUCUACCUCUCCUGGGAUGCUGCAACCCAGAGGGCCACCGAUAGGACUUACGGUUAUUCGUAUAUAAUCGGUUGGAUAGCAAUGGUGUUGGCCGCAUUCACGGCAACAUCUUAUUCCGUCGCCGGGUGUUAUAUCGGCGGUGAACGAUAUAGAGAGAAGGAAUAUCUCGACAAAGGUCGUUCCCGUGAUUAUCUAGAGCGCAGCUACCCGAUGACACUUGAGCCCGCACCAAAGGAUUAUUACUACGGAUACCACCAAAACUACGGGUACCAGGGACCAAACCUGUACGAUAUGGAAACCCGUCAACCACUUCCGGCCAUUACCUAUGGUCCACCGGAAAUGGCCCAAGGAGGGUGGAGAUGGCAAUAAUGCUCGAACUCUUUUUAGAUUGUUUGAAUGAUUUGCAGUAACUGUAUUUGCCAAUUGAUGCUCGCGAAUGAACGGUGCCAAAUAAUGCGUUGCUGGCUUUUAAAUGAUAUUAAGAAUUUCAUUGUUGAUAGAUUUUUCAUUUUUUUUUUUUCUUUAAAAAUUUAGAAGGAUGGCUUGGAUGGUUGAUUUUUAUCGCUUGACUGUCCCCAUACUUACAAAAAUCAUCGUCGUUUAAUUUAGUAUCCUAGCACCGCCAUGAGAAUAGCAAUAUCAUGAAAAUCACUUUUCAUUUUGAUACAAAUUAAAACGUAGACGGCACAAAAUACUUUUUUUAGCGUUUCUUAACAUCAAAAUGUGACAGAGUGAAUUGAGGUGUGUUUGCAUUAAUCAAAUACGUGUUGUAAGCAUGUAUUGAAUGUGGAAAAAAUGGAAAUUGUUCUUGAUUUCCAAAAAAGUAUAUAAUAAACAUUUUACUUAAAUUCAUUUAUUCAUGUACAUUAUUUUUUCACAUUUCAGCAUAAUUUUGUAUAAUAUUAUUCUAGUAUUCUUUUAUAUGUAACUCAUUUCAUGCAAUAAUAUUUUGGGAUAUGAGGCAUUCAUGAUUAAAUAUGGCAAAAACUUCAGUAUAACCUGUGUCUUUUUAACUGAUUUUUGUUUCAACAUUUUAUGAUAAGAUAAAACCACAUAUUUAUGCAGUGGAAAUGUUGAUGAUUUCAAGUUCUGUGACACAUUGGGAUUUUGUACAAUUACUUAAAUACAUACUUACAGCUUAUUUUCAUUAUAUCAGAUUUUCACCUUUUUUU